AUGUCUGAAGUGAGAACUGAGAAAAUUGGGUGUAUCCCCGAAGCGACUAUAGCUGGGAUUCCUGUUGAUAAAACGCCGAUUGAACAAGAAUCGUCUGUAGAAUUACCACCACCAGGGACUUCUGUAGUAGCUUUUAUAUCCAAAUUGUAUGAAUUAGUAAACAACCACGAAACGUCCACAUACAUCUGUUGGUCAGAAGAAUUUAAUAAGAAAGCGAUCAUCAUCCCGGACCCCGUCGAGUUCUCGAAAGUCAUCUUACCGAAGUUUUUUAAACACUCGAACAUCUGCUCGUUUGUGCGUCAAUUAAACAUCUAUGGAUUCAGAAAGCUGGAAACACAAAGCGGGUUUUGUUUCAGACAUGAAAGCUUCAUUGCAGACCACCCCGAGUUACUCCCUAAUAUCCAAAGAAAAAAGCCGUCGACUCAAAAGAAGAAACAACCCCAACAAAGCCAACCCAAUGAAGACCAAUCGUCCGUCUAUCAAUACUUGUUAACUCAAUUAAUGCAACUCCAAAAACAAACAGUCGACACUCAACAACAAAUUAACAGCUUGAAGGAAAUGCUCUACCAAAUGAAAAUCAGAGAAGACGCUAUGGACGUCAAGUUAUAUCGACUCAGCGAAGUCGUCAUGCCAUCACUCAACUAUGGGAACUUGGUGUUCGGUUCGUCGGGAAUGUCACAAACUAGUCAACAAAACAACUCUCAGGCACCAGUCUCCCCAGAUAACCAAGGCGCUUUCAUGCAAAUCCAAUACCCUCAGCAACAGCAAGGACAACAACAGGGGCAACAACCUCAACAACAAUGCCAAACUGUUAAUCAAUGGAAAAAAGGACCGACCGAUGAAAGACAGAUGAGUACAA